UUAUGUGGCUAUUUAGUCAAAUAGAGAAUUCAAAAACCUCUUGUAUCAAAAUCAUUGCACAACCAACUCUAUAUCAAAGCAAGGGAAAUUUAUUUUAGCCGGUAGGGAAUUCAUAUUUAACAUUGAAAACUUGUCUGCAAACCUUUUAUUGAUCAUAAUCCAAUUAGCCGUUGUAGAAAAUCAAAUUUCAAAGAUUCGGAGAUUUGAAUUCCACGCCUCUUAGACACAAAGGCUAAUUUGGAAGAUGGACAAGGUUCAUAAAUAUGAAGAAUUUGUCGACCGGCGUCUGAAGCCCGACCUUGCUAAUGCAAUGGCCGAAAGGGACAAAGUAUUGGAGCAACAAAAAAUAUUCUUGGACCUGAAAAAGAACAUACUAAUGUUGGAAAAAAAUGGAUUAACACAGCUUCGGACAAUGGUGAAUUUGGGUUCAGAAGUAUAUGUACAAGCAGAAGUGCCAGAUACACGCCACAUUUUUGUUGAAAUUGGAUUGGGAUUUCAUGUGGAAUUUACUUGGUCUGAAGCUCUGCAGUUCAUAUCUACCAAGGAGACAGUAUUAGCUAGGCAAGUUGAAGAAUAUACUGAACAAAUUGCAAAAAUCAAAGCACAAAUAAAGCUGGUUUGUGAAGGUAUUAGGGAGCUACUCAAUCUUCCAGUGGAAUCUCUUCGAGCAACCAAAAAAUACUAGGAACAGACUAAUGAGAUUGUAGCUAUGGCAUAUUUGAAACGACAGUGUAACUCAAUUUUGUACACAACCUACUAAUUGUAAAAAUUGCAGUGAAAUGUUCCUCUUUACAUGGAAAGAAAAUCAGCAUAGAUUUUGAUAGUAGAUUUUUUCUAGUUUAUAUUUUCAGGCAAAGAAUAUCAAUUUCUAAGCUGCAAAUGCAUUCUCAAUAUCAAUUUGUAGGCAAAAUGUGUUAAAUGGUUGUGAAGUUUAAAGCUUUGGUCUAGUAGCAAUUGAAUACAUUGAUCCAA